AGCGGCGCCGUCGACGUCUUCGUGGACGGCUUCGACGAAGUCUGCCCCGCCUACAAGCACACCACCCUCCGCCUUCUCGAGCUGCUCAUGCGCACCAAGGCGGCGCACGCGGAGGCGGAGCUGCGCGGCGUGCUGGGCUGCGCGCCGCUGGGGCUGCGCCCGCUGUCGCGCGACGAGCAGCUGGCCUACCUGAGCGAGGCGUGGGCGGCGGAGGCGCGUGCCCGCCCCGCCGACCUCCUCCCGCUCGCCGCCGAGCUCGUCGACGCCCUCGCCGGCGUGCGCGCG